CUCACACCAAAAUAUUGAGGGCCGAGCCCUUAUUUAGGGUUUUUGAUAAUUUUCUCUGCAAGAAAGAAAACCUCUUGAGCACAUUUGUUUACUUCGUCUUUGAGUAAUUUCUGAGUCAAAGAUUUUUAUUCUAAAGUCUCAAUGGCUGCCAACAGUGCUCAAGCUGCGGCUCAAGCUGCUUUCGAGAAAGACCAGAUGUUUGGAAUGGCUGCAAAUGAAAUGGAAUAUAGGGUUGAUUUGUUUAACAGGCUUACUCAGACUUGCUUUAACAAAUGUAUUGAGAAGAGAUACAAGGAGGCUGAGCUAAAUAUGGGUGAGAACAGUUGCAUCGACCGUUGUGUUUCAAAGUAUUGGCAGGUGACAAAUUUAGUUGGCCAGCUCCUUGGUUCUAAUCGACCUCCAAUGUAAGCUGAAAGCUAACGGUGUCAAUAUGAAGGUUAUUUCUUUUGUUUGUGAUCCGCUGCGUGGACAGCAAAAAUUUUCUGUUUUCGUAAAUCAGCCAUAUUGCUCAAGUGAAUUUUUAGUAGCGAACUUGACAUGAUAAGUGUGUUACUCAUUUAGUUGAUAAAAAAAUUCGUUUUAUUAUUUGCUUUUAUUGUAAGGAGCGAUCUUACAUACAUACAAGGUCAAAAUAGAUGUAGAAUAGUACUUUUGUUGACGGUUAUAUCUUUUACAGCUUGUGCA